GCGCUUUCCUUGCCGUUGUCUCCGGCCAUUCUUCACUCAGGAGCCGAAAUUGACUCGUUCAGGUUUGACAAGGCUGUUUCAAAACGAUGUCGCCCACACUUUCCGAGUUGGCUGAGCAGCGGGGUAGCCAGGAAUCGCACGUUUCCCAAAAAACCCUGAAAGAGGAGAUAGAAUCCAUUCUGAGGGAGCACAUUAUGGUUUUGGAUGGAGGCAUGGGGACCAUGAUUCAGCAAUAUUCCUUAGGAGAAGAGGAAUUUCGAGGUCAAGAAUUUAAGGAUCACCUGAAACCACUCAAGGGAAAUAAUGACCUGUUGAGCAUAACUCAGCCUGAUAUCAUCUACAAAAUUCACAAGGAAUACUUGCUUUCUGGUGCUGAUAUCAUUGAGACAAAUACUUUCAGCAGCACUAAAAUAGCACAAGCUGACUACAGCCUUGAACAUCUGGCUUAUCGGUUAAAUAAAACAUCAGCCCAGAUAGCUCGAAAAGCAGCUGAUGAUGUUACUGCAGAGUCGGGUAGUAAAAGAUACGUUGCUGGGGCGAUGGGCCCCACAAACAAGACCCUUUCUGUUUCCCCAUCAGUGGAAAGUCCUGAUUAUCGGAAUGUUACUUUUGAUGAAUUGGUAGAUGCCUACACUGAACAAGCCAAAGGUCUUUUAGAUGGUGGGGCAGAUAUCAUGCUGGUGGAAACCAUAUUUGAUACAGCCAAUGCUAAGGCAGCUCUCUUUGCUCUCCAAAAGUUAUUUGAAGAAGAAUAUGAACCAAGACCCUUGUUUGUAUCAGGAACCAUUGUCGAUAAAAGUGGCCGUACUCUUUCUGGGCAGACUGGGGAAGCAUUUGUCAUCAGCAUAUCUCACAGCCAGCCACUUUGCAUUGGAUUAAACUGUGCUUUGGGGGCAGUUGAAAUGAGACCUUUCAUUGAAGCAAUAGGAAAAUGUACAACUAGUUACAUCAUUUGUUAUCCCAAUGCAGGUCUUCCUAACACCUUUGGUGGUUAUGAUGAAACGCCUCAGGUGACUGGCAAGCACAUUAAGGAUCUUGCCUUAGAUGGUUUGGUCAAUAUAGUUGGUGGUUGCUGUGGUACCACUCCAGCACAUAUCCGGAAGAUAGCUGAAGAAGUAAAGGCAUGCAAACCUCGUAUUCCCCCUGCCUCUGUCUCUGAAGGCUACAUGCUGCUGUCAGGUCUGGAACCCUUCAGGAUUGGAAAAUACACCAACUUUGUCAACAUUGGUGAACGUUGCAAUGUUGCAGGGUCAAGAAGAUUUGCCAAACUUAUAAUGGCAGGCAAAUAUGAAGAAGCCUUGAGUGUAGCCAAGGCCCAAGUUGAGAUGGGAGCUCAGAUCCUGGAUAUCAACAUGGAUGAUGGAAUGUUAGAUGGUCCAAAUGCUAUGGCAAGAUUCUGCAACUAUAUUUCUUCAGAGCCUGACAUUGCCAAGGUGCCCCUUUGCAUUGAUUCCUCAAACUUCUCUGUAAUAGAAGCUGGGUUGAAGUGUUCACAAGGCAAAUGCAUAGUCAACAGCAUCAGUCUGAAGGAAGGCGAAGAGGAUUUCCUAAGAAAAGCAAGAACAAUUAGGAGAUAUGGAGCAGCAGUGGUGAUUAUGGCCUUUGAUGAAGUGGGGCAGGCCACAGAAACAAAAGACAAAAUUUCAAUCUGCACCAGAGCCUAUGACCUUCUUGUGAACAAAAUUGGCUUUAAUCCAUGUGAUAUAAUUUUUGAUCCCAACAUUUUGACUAUAGGUACUGGAAUGGAGGAACAUAAUUUGUAUGCAGUUAACUAUAUCAAUGCAACUAAGACAAUAAAAGAAAAUUUGCCUGGAGCCAGAAUAAGUGGAGGCCUUUCCAAUUUGUCUUUCUCCUUCCGAGGAAUGGAUGCUAUUCGAGAAGCAAUGCAUGGCGUUUUCCUUUUCCAUGCAAUUAAGCAUGGAAUGGACAUGGGGAUUGUGAAUGCAGGAAAUCUGCCAGUGUAUGAUGACAUCCAAAAGGAACUUUUACAGUUGUGUGAAGAUUUGAUUUGGAAUAAAGAUCCAGAUGCAACGGAAAAGCUUUUGCAUUAUGCUCAGACCCAUGCUCAAGGAGGAAAAAAAGUCGUACAGACCGAUGGAUGGAGAAAUGGAUCUGUAGAAGAAAGACUGGAGUAUGCCCUUGUUAAGGGCAUUGAGAAAUAUGUGAUUGAGGAUACCGAAGAGGCUAGACAAAACAAAGAGAGGUAUCCCAGACCCCUGAAUAUAAUUGAGGGGCCCCUGAUGAAUGGCAUGAAAAUAGUUGGUGAUCUUUUUGGAGCUGGCAAGAUGUUUCUUCCUCAGGUGAUUAAAUCUGCUAGAGUUAUGAAGAAAGCAGUGGGUCAUCUUAUCCCAUUUAUGGAGAAGGAAAGAGAAGAAUUACGUGCGUUAUCUGGUAGCACAGAAGAAGAUGAUCCUUAUCAAGGAACUAUUGUGUUAGCUACUGUGAAAGGUGAUGUCCAUGAUAUCGGCAAGAACAUUGUAGGAGUAGUUUUGGGCUGCAAUAAUUUCAGAGUUAUUGAUUUGGGAGUUAUGACACCAUGUGACAGGAUACUAAAAGCUGCUCUUGAAAACAAAGCAGAUAUAAUUGGCUUGUCUGGUCUUAUCACUCCAUCUUUGGAUGAGAUGAUAUUUGUUGCCAAAGAAAUGGAAAGACUAGAAAUAAGGAUCCCUUUGCUGAUUGGAGGAGCAACUACUUCCAAAACUCAUACAGCUGUAAAAAUUGCUCCGCGGUAUAGUGCUCCUGUCAUUCAUGUCCUGGAUGCCUCCAAAAGUGUGGUGGUUUGCUCUCAGCUUUUAGAUGAAAGUGUAAAAGAUGACUAUUUUGAAGAAAUACGAGAAGAGUAUGAAGACAUUCGACAGGAUCAUUAUGACUCACUCAAGGAAAGAAAAUAUUUGUCUUUAGAGCAAGCAAGAAAUAAACGAUUCUGUUAUGACUGGAAAACUGAGACUAAACCAGUUAAACCAAAGUUCCUUGGCACUAGAGUCUUUGAAGAUUAUGACUUACAGAAGCUGGUGGACUAUAUUGACUGGAAACCAUUUUUUGAUGUCUGGCAGCUUAGAGGCAGAUAUCCCAACCGGGGAUUCCCUAAAAUCUUCAAUGAUAAAGUAGUGGGAGAAGAGGCAAAAAAAGUUUACAAUGAAGCUCAAAACCUGCUGAAAAGUCUGAUUACAGAAAAUAAACUUAAAGCCAAAGGUCUGAUUGGGUUUUGGCCAGCUCGAAGCAUUAAAGAUGACAUUUACUUAUAUGAUACAGAAGAGAAGCUACAAAAUUUGGAACCAAUAGCUAAGUUCUGUGGCUUACGACAACAGGCUGAAAAAGACUCUGGUUCCACAGAUCCCUAUUAUUGCCUGUCUGAUUUUAUAUCUCCCCUGGAGUCUGGUGUUUCUGACUAUUUGGGUCUCUUUGCCGUGGCAUGCUUCGGAGUAGAUGAGCUAUGUAAAGAAUAUGAAAAACAGUCAGAUGACUACAGUAUUAUAAUGGUGAAAGCACUAGCAGAUCGGUUAGCGGAGGCAUUUGCAGAAGAACUUCAUGAACGAGUUCGGAAAGAAUUCUGGGCUUAUUGUAAAAAUGAACAGUUGGAAUUUUCAGAUCUGCGUAAAAUAAGAUAUCAUGGCAUUCGCCCAGCAGCUGGUUAUCCAUGUCAACCUGACCAUACUGAAAAAAUCACUAUGUGGAGACUUGCCAAUAUUGAGGAAACUACAGGUAUUCAGUUAACUGAAUCUCUAGCAAUGUUCCCUGCCUCAGCAGUAUCUGGUCUCUACUUUUCCAAUCCGGCUUCUAGGUAUUUUGCUGUUGGGAAAAUAUUGAAAGAUCAGGUUGAAGACUAUGCCUUAAGAAAAAAUGUGCCUGUGGCAGAAAUUGAAAAAUGGCUUGGACCUAUUCUUGGAUAUGAUUCAGAGUAACAAAAUAGGGUGAUUGAUUGGUUGGUAAUAGAUAUAGAUAUCAGCUAUACAGAAAACAUUCACAAGCAAAAUAGGGAGGGGAUUUGUGUCUGUGUUGGGGCACAGUAUUGCUUCUCCAUUUCAUACUAUGUAACAAGAGUCUACCAGACUUGUGGAACAAAUGUGGGAGAAAACUGCCUUUCCUUGUUUUCUGAUUAAUUUUAAAUAAACAAGAAAUUGUUUUUCUGUUUCUUCAAAUGAUUAUUCAGUGUAGCUACCUGCCAUGGUGAAAACAAACAAUAUCUAAUUUAAAAUAUUCUCUACACUACAUCAAACUUAAAAUAAGUUGUAAAACAACAAACCUAAAACAAAAAAUUCUUAGAUGUGAAGUGUAUCUUUCAGUUUUGGUUAUCCAGGAAAUUAUGUCCAUUUACAUGAAUAUGCAUGUUAUCAUGAGCUAUUUAAAAUAUACUUUCUAAAUUAAAGAUCAUUCUAAUUGUAUUUGGGGUUUUGAUGUGUGUAUAUGGAAUAUCCUUUGCCUGAGUGUCCAAAGCUCAUCUUUUUUAAUAGAAUAGUUUCAUAAAAAAAUAAAAGGCAAGAUAAAAAAAAUCAAAUACAUGAAUAUUUCAUGAAAAUGAAUACAAAUAUUAUACUAAAUGUAUAAUUAACUACUAAUAGUGUAAUCUGUAAUUUUGCUUUCUGAGAAAAUAGCUGUUUGACAUGGUUUUAUAGUCCUAAGAAAAAGCUCAGCAACUAUUUGCACUGACAUGUCCCUCUAUUUGGGAGUCUUAGUGAUAUUUAAUGUAAUUGUAUGUGUAUUUAAUAGGUGGUGCCAGUGCUUUAGAUUCAUUUGGAAGAGGUACUUCAGAAUGCCUUGGGCUGUGAAUGCAACACUUUUCUGCAAUUCAUAACAGUCACCUCUUUUCAGAAAUAUCGUCAGAGAAAAAAGACCUAGUUGCUUUAAUGAGAUGUGCCUUUGUGCCGCCCAUGUUUUCUGAAAUACUUUUUCCCAAUUGAAUCCAUCAAGCAUUGCAUAGCUUUAAUAUUUAAUAGCAAAUUGGUUCAGAAAUUAAAAGGAAUGUGGGAGGUUAGUAAGUGCCUUGAUUCUUAAUUCCUUCUUAAUAUACUGGGACAUGUCUGAACAGUAAAAGAAUAUAGAAAAAAGGGACCACAAAAGGAGACUAUGGUAUAUGUUCACAUAAACAAAUCUAGAUGUUACGGAGUUUAUAUUUGCAUAUAAGCCUAAAAAUACUCUUCAGACUUCUCCACUUAAGUUGUGAUUGGAGUUCGUAGGAUGCCCUCUUGUUAUUCCUGUGUUCAGGUCUUUUUUCUAAAUAAACAAUUGCUUAUUGAUUAUUAUAAUGGAUUGUUCAUAAUAGCUCAAUUAUUUACUCUUGUAAGCCCUGGAAAAAUCAUGCUCUUUUUGGAACUUUUAUAAUCUCUGUUUGUAAUUACACUCACAGGUGGCACAGCCUUCUGUUCUGUUACUACAGAAAUGUGCUCUGUUAUUUCUGUGUUGUUACAUACCAAGAGCUGCCAAAACAUUAGAUUGCAAAUCUUUAGAUUUUUACAUGAACAGUACCUUAUGCCACUGCCAUAAGGUCAGUUUCUUGAAAUCUCUAUUUUCUUUUGCCAUCGAAUUGCCUUUUUGCAGGCCUCUGUAAUGUGUGGAUUUUUCAUCAGUACAUGUAUUCUGGUAUCGAAAGCUAGAGGACUUAAAUUAGUACUGCUAAUAUUUUCACAAUAGGUUUUCAUAUAUUUUAUUUUCCCAUUUUAAUUUGAGGAAAAUGUUUAUUAUUCAUUUGUAGACUUCGAUAGAGGCUCUCUAGGGCCUUGAUAAAACCAAAUUAAUUAGAUUUAUAUUUCUUCAGUCUUGAUGAAACAGAAGUAUUCAUUUAGACAGAGAAAAGUCUCACAUUCUGUAGAUCUCAAUGAGAUUUAUGAAUGGCUGUAAACUGAGAAGUUUGGAAAAGUCAAAGAGGUUUCCUCCCCUCAAGAAAAACCCCUGCUAAAAUAUCACAAAUAGUUCCUAUAACACUUUCUUCUUAAGUAGACACAUGCCCCAAAUUUUGGAUAAACUGGAUGAACCAUCUGGAAUCAAUAUAUACUGUUAAUUUUCUUUAGAUUGCCACCUGAAAGGAAUGGAAGUCAACCAAUGGCUUGCGGCCCUUCCCUGUGAUGGCCGGGUCACAACUUCUUACCAUAUCUUUUCUUUUCCUUCAACACCAUUAUCAAUAUUUAUUCCUAAUGCUCCAUUCUCAAGUGUGUCACGUGAAUUCUGAUUGGUGUUAUGCAGGCAAGAGUUUCUUGGUUUGCAAGGCAGUACCUAGAGAUCUUAACCACUGUUUAUCAUUGAAGGACUAUUAUUUACAGAUAUUUUAUAUUACAUGUUUUGAAAUCUCUUAUGUCAAAUUAUGAUUAGCCUAUCAGAUUUUUCACCAGAUUGAAUAAUGCUAAUAUUCUUUAUGCUCCACUGGGCUUGUAGAGGAUUUAUCAUCACCAAAUUUCAAAUAAAAUCUCUUACUAAAGUGUAAUUCUUUGGAUUGUUUUUGUUAACUUCUUUGGCAUCCUGUAUACCUGUAUCAGCAAGUGUUCACUGUGUAGUAGAUGCGUAUGUUAUUUUGAACUCUGAUGGUUGAAUGAAUGUCUUUAUUGCCGUUUGUUUUGUUUCUGAAAAAAACUAACAGAUGGGGUAAGUGCCUCAGCAAACAAGCUCUCUGCUAGAUCUUCAAAUCAAAUUACUAAUCUUUCCUCCUUAUAUCUACCUGGGAUGGAAUAAAGAGGGCAUAUUUUUAGCAGGAAGGCUGCACUUUUUUCCAUCACUUUUUUCUCCUAAUUUUUCAAGGAUUGCAGAAAACUUGUGACUUGUGGCAUGAGACUGUCACA